GCGGGGGCGCGCGGGGGCAGAGGGGUCAUGGGGUGGGCGUGGGAGUGCGGACACGUGUGGGGCUGCACGCGCGUGAACGCGGAGGGGCUGAUGGGGGCGCGCGCGGGCGUGCAGGGCGGUGGGCGUGGGGUCAGAUUUGGGGACACGCGUGUGAGGCUAUGGGAACAUGCAGAGGCGUGGGUCUCACCCGUGCGCCCUGCCCACUCCACCCCACGCAGGUCGGGGCGGCCGCUGGGCCCCGAGGAGGCGCUGGGGCUGCUGGAGGCCUCCGUGGUGCACCGGGAAGGAGCCCUGCUGGCGCUGAGCAAACCCCCCGGACUGCCCGUCCUGGGCCACCCCGGGGAACUGAGCCUGUCAGCACUGCUGCCGGCGCUGCGGCGGCGCCUGGACCUCCCCGCCGAGCUCCAUGUGGUGAAAGCUCCCGCCAGGGAGUGCUCUGGCCUUGUCCUCCUGUCCGGCUGCCACCGCGCCACCGAGCAGCUCCAACGGUUCUUCACCACUGCCCGCCGGAGGGGCCAGUUCCCCGCCACGUACUGUGCUGUCACCGUGGGGGUCCCAGCGGAAGCAGAGGGUGAGAUCCGCACCGGGCUGCGCUGGCAGCAGCAGGGUGACACCGCAGCGGUGGUGCCGGUGCUGUCCCCGGGGCGCUACAGCCUGGCCAGGAAGGAGGUGAAGAGCACCCUGACACGCUACCGGGUGCUGGGCGCUGCGGGGGGCUGUGCGCUGCUCCAGCUCCAGCCCAGGACAGCCUUCCCGGAGCAGCUCCCGGUGCACCUGACGCUGCUGCUGUGCCCGGCGCUGGGCGACCACGAGCACUCGUCCCGUGUCGGCAGGGUGCUGGGGGUGCCCUUCCUCCUGCCCCCCGAGGCCGCCCCGACCCACACACAGGUGCUGGAUGAGGAGCUGCUGUCCCGGCUGGGGCUCUCCCCGCAGCAGCUCCGCCGCCUCCCGCUCCACCUCCACCUGCAGCAGCUGAUGCUGCCCCAGGGGGGCUUGCUCUCUGCCCCCCUCCCCCCCCAUUUCCUGCGCACCCUGCGCCUCCUGGGGCUGCCCGAGCACCUAGUGCCCGUGGGGACCCCUGCACCCCAACCUGCUCCCCCUCUGUCACCCCAUUAAAUCCACAACUGCUGCCA